AUGCAGAUGCGGCCAACGAGGGUGUUGGCGGUGCUGGUGCUGGCGCUGGCGUCGGCGACGGCUUGGGCGUCGUUCGUGCCCGAGCCGACCGCUCCGGUUUCCUACGAGGGACAGCAGGUGGUGCGGUUCGACGUGCGCAGGGCGGAAGACCGCGCCAAGAUUGAACGCUGGACGUCUGCUCGCGGCCUCGACGUGUGGGCGCGCCACCCGGAGUGGAUUGACGUGCGUCUGCCUCGCUCAGUCGCCGCAGUCGAGGACGUGCCCCUGCGUGUUAUGAGCAACGACCUGCAGCAGGACAUCGACGCCGAGCGCGCCUCGGUCCUUGCGGCUGCAGGCAGAGAGAUGACCGCGGAGAGCUUCUUCGACACUUACCGCUCGCUGGACGAGUUCAACCAGUUCCUCGACCUCCUCGCGACCAACUACCCCGACCUCGUCACCAAAAAGACGAUCGGCAAGACUGUGGAGGGACGUCCCAUCAAUGGCGUGCUGAUCGCGUCGGCCAACAAUACACGGAAGGUCGGCAUUGUGUACAACGGAGGCCAACAUGCGCGUGAGUGGAUCAGCCCGAUGACCAACGCGUACAUUGCCAACCAGCUCGUGUCCCUCUAUGGCAAGGACGACGAAGUGACGAAGAUGGUGGAUGAGGUCGAGUGGACCAUCUUCCCGGUGAUCAACGCCGACGGUUACGUUUACAGCUGGACCACGGACCGCAUGUGGAGAAAGAAUCGCCGCCUGAACGAGGACAGCUGGUUCCGCUGCUAUGGCGUCGACACCAACAGGAACUGGGCGUUCCACUGGAACGAGGGAGGAGCCAGCGGCGACACUUGCUCCGAAACCUACAGGGGCCCCAAAUCCUUCUCCGAGCCCGAAGUGACCGCCUUGGCCGAUUACAUCUCCGCACAGGGCAACGUCAAGGGCUACGCCGAUAUUCAUUCUUACUCGCAGCUGUGGAUGAGCCAAUGGGGCUGGACCACGGCGGAGGUGCCCAAGGACUUCACCACCCAGAACGACCUGUCCAAGUGUAUGCUUGCCCUGGCUGUGGCGGCGAUCAAGGCCACGCACGGCAAGGUGUAUGGCUAUGGACCCAGUGCCAAGGUGAUCUACGUCGCCUCUGGUGGCGCCGAUGACUGGACCUACGGUGCGCGCAACGUCACCUGGUCAUACAGCGUUGAGCUCAGGGACACCGGUCGCUACGGCUUCGUGUUGCCGGCCAGCGAGAUCGUGCCCACUGGGCAGGAGACCUUCGCUGCGGUGCGCGUGAUGGCCAACUACAUCCUCACCCACAUCUAG